GCGACUCCGCGUAGCCGGCGCGUUCUUUUCCCCAGCCCUGAGAAGGGAGCGCCGUGGCCUUCGAUGGAAUAAUAAAAAAAAAGGGCAACGGAGCUCAGGCCGGAGCAAUCGAUCGCCGUUGCCCUCAGUGACGUCACGGGAGGAGGCGGCGGGCGGUUUGAAAGCGGAGGCGGCUCCGAGCGCGUCCGCGGGAAGGAAGCGGAGGUCCUUGCUAUCCGCCGCCGUCGCUGGCCGUCGAGAUGGAAGCGCCGGGUGGCAGCCACAGCUCGGCCGGUUGCCGGGAUACACCGGUGGGACCGGCCGCCACCCUCAGCGGCUCCUUGGACGAGCCGGCGGGAGAAGGAGCUGGAAGACUCCUGACCGAGGAACGGGAGAAGAAGCCGGACCUACUCACGCUGUUCCGUGUGAAGGAACAAAUUAAACAACAUCUUAUGGAAUAUAAUACAACAAUUAAUGCAAAUGAAGAAAGCUUUCCUGAUCAAGUUAUAGAUGAAAAGAUAAUCGAAUGUUCUAUAGAAGACUUGGAAAAAGAAAUGGAGGAGGUGAAGAUAUCAUACCAAAACAAAACCUUGGCAUUACAAAGGAUUCAAAUCACUGAUGCCCUAAGAAACAAACUGAAGAACAAUGACGAGGAUUCCAGUAGGUACAUCUGGAAUACUAUAAAACACAUCAUGAUGCUUAGUACCACAAUACUUCAAUUACAACAGCAAUCACGUGAAUUGGAAGAAAAACUGAAUGAAGUUAAGCAGAGCAGACUGGCACUGAAGCGAGCUGGAGAAUGCAAAUUAACACAAAUACAUGAUAUGAAAAGAAAACGAAGAGAGGAACUGGAAAACAUGGAAGUGGGUGAAAUGCUGAAGAAGGUCCGUAGAAAUCUGCAACAGGAAAUUCAAAUGACUACACUGAUUCAAAACAUUUUCCAGAAUCUCAUUAUUGGAAGUGGAGUUAAUUGGGCAAAGGAUCCAGCUCUGAAGGACGUUGUUCUGCAACUGGAAAAGAACGUGACUGCAAUCUGAAGAAUCAGCAAUGCUUUAUUGCACUUUCCAGAACUUGCUAAUUCAGAGGAUAAACAGUUGUUUGACAAGCUAUUUUAAUGAAUGAUAUGUGUACUUAGAGUUGAAUAUCUGUAAAGAACACAUUGUAUUGCAGUGAAUAGAGACAUCACAGCUCAAAGGAGGUUUGUGGUGGUUAAUUUAAGGGCUAGAUUUAUGAGGUUUACCUUGGAAUUGUCAAUACAACCAUAUUUGGUGGUCUGUUAAUGAGAAAUACUGUGACUACAGAAUCCUCAGUUUCUGGAACAAUUCUUGGCCUUUGCUGUAGGGCAAAGUCAGAAUAUUAUGUAUGCUACAUGUACUGGGAAAAAACAAAGUAUAUCAGUGUUUUUUUGUUUGUUUUUCUAAUUUGAAAAAGUUAUAGUUGUUCACUUACAUCAUACACACACAUUGAAGCAGCUAAAAUUUUGUUAAACUGACUAGUUAUAGUUAUCGUUGAAUAAUUUCACUAAACUUUGAAAGUUACCAUAACUAUACUGCUGUUGUUCUUCUGCAUUUCAGCCUGAUUUUUGGCUAACAGACUUACCACCAAAACAUAUCCUUAAAUAAGGUGGCUAAUCUCCAUGUCUAGGCCCAUGUCCUUCUGACACAUGUUGCAAGAUAAACCAUUACUCAUUGCAGCCAUGGCCCUCCAGUACAAGAUAGGUUUCUAUCAGUCUGGUCAAGUUGGCUUGAAACUAGCACCGGUAUUUUAAGCAAAUCACCAGAAACAGCUUAUGUGAGAAUAAUAAUGUAAUCUAGAUAGUGGAAUGCUCGUGUAAGGUAUACAUGAGAGUGACAAUACCUGGCAUAACUUUUUGUGAGAAAAUCAAUAGAAAUGAUAUGAUUAACCAGUUAUAUUAUCUGAAAACAGGACAGAGGAGUGAUGGUAGAAUAGUUUCAUCUUCAUUAUGAUUUCAUUUGAAAAGCAGAUGAUUAAAUAUUGUCCAAACAGAGAUGGGGCCAAUAAUUCAAGGCAAAGGUGUAACGAUGGUUCUUUAUGUUGAUGCUCUUUUUUAAUUAUUUUUUUGAAAGAGAAAGAAAAAUACAAAUUCAAUGCUGGUGGGAAAGGAAGCAGGAAAUCAGAUGGAGCUCUUAUGAAAAAUCUCAUGGGAAUUCUGAUAUGUCAGGGCAGAAAAGGUUUUCUUGAUCCCUUAAGGGCAUUUUACAGAAGUCCCCAAAAGAGACUUUUUAUAAUGGAACUUGCAUUCCUUCUACAAGACAACAGAACACUCAGGUCUCUCACUACAAAUUAGUAGGUAGCAUUGUGACACUUGGUCAGAGUGGAAUCCGGGUGUUGCUAAGUCUCUUCUAACACGCGUUCUCAGACUAAAUUGAGUAUUUUGAUUCCGGGCUGUUAAAAGACUAAAAAAUGGGGGGGGGGAUGGUGGUUCCAGUUGCCCCUUGAAAUACAAGCUGUACCUAGAAUGAGCAGACUGCCAAAAGGGGGAAAUCUGUCCAUCAAUUGGAAAGGUUUUGCCUUCUGUGUCUUAUCUGCUUGGGAAGGAAUUUUCAAGGCCAAAAACUCAGUCCUGGUCCAAGCUAAUUAACAAACCAAUUUCUACAGGAAUGAAGGGAGAGAGGGAGAGUGAAAUCACUUUGGAGAUGUUGCUCUCUUUGAAAAGAUUCGAGGUAAUUUGAGACUUGAUUGGUGAAUUCCCUCCAAAGGUCUAGAAAAUGGAAUGGUGGAAUAAAAAUGGAGUGAGUUUG